AUGCCGCCCAAAGGGAAGAAGAAGAAGAAGGAUCCAAACGCCAUCACGUUCCGCGGGGUGUACCAGAACAAGGGAAUGUGGAAGGCGCGCGUGUGGCACGAGAACGAGGAGAUCUACUUGGGGCACUUCCGCGUUCCGGCUCGAGCAGCUGAGGCGUACGACAUGGCGGUCAUCCGUUUCCGCGGCCCCAUCGGCGCGGCGCGUGAGGGGCUGAACUUCCCUCUAGAGAUCUACCAAGUCAACGGGACCGUGGCGCAGAUCAUGGGCAUGGAGGCGGACGAGUUCCUGGACUGGGUGCGGCAGGAGCUGGCGGACCACUACCAGCUCGAGGGCCUCUGGGUCGACACGGACGCCCUGGGGGGUGGUGCGCCGUCGCAGGGCCGGCUGGCGGGGCAGCCGUCGCGCGGGGCGAAGAGCAGCGACGGGGGCGUGAUGUCGCCGGCGAAGGGCAAGGCGCGGGCGGCGUAG